AUGAUUCGCAACCCUGCUCGCCGGUUGCCUCGACAGCUUCUCCCGCUCUUCCGCCCUUCCAUUCUCCCCAACCACGCUGUCAGAACUUUCGCCUGCAGCUGUUCACGAAUGGGGUCACCACUCCCUCCAGUCACCCCACCAGUGUCUACAGCUCAUGCCUCCGAUUCAUUCCAGCUCCUCUCGUCUGCUGAGAAGACCGGGCCUGCUGAAGAUGCACUCUUCAAUGAACAGGUAAAAGCAGUGACAGAAUGGUGGAACACCCCCCGCUACGAAGGUAUCAGGCGACCAUAUUCUGCAGAAGCUGUUGUUAGCAAGCGGGGAUCAUUGCAGCAGACGUAUCCAAGCUCUAUUAUGGCCAGGAAACUAUUUAACUUGUUGAAUGAGCGGGCAAAGACCGGGAAACCAGUACAUACCCUUGGUGCAAUUGAUCCCGUCCAAAUGACACAACAGGCUCCCAAUCAAGAAGUUCUUUAUAUUUCUGGAUGGGCCUGUUCAUCGCUCCUGACGACGACUAACGAAGUAUCCCCUGACUUUGGUGACUAUCCCUACAACACGGUACCAAACCAGGUCCAGAGACUUUUUAAAGCCCAGCAAAUGCACGACCGCAAACAAUGGGAUUCGAGAAGGAAACUGUCUCCAGAGGAACGCAAAAAUACACCCUACACUGAUUUCAUGCGACCAAUAGUGGCAGAUGGUGAUACGGGCCACGGAGGCCUGACAGCAGUCCUGAAACUAGCAAAACUCUUUGCUGAAAAUGGAGCUGCUGCCGUCCACUUCGAGGACCAGCUGCAUGGGGGGAAGAAAUGUGGUCAUCUUGCCGGCAAAGUACUCGUUCCAAUUGGGGAACACAUCAACAGGCUUGUGGCAGCUAGAUUCCAGUGGGAUCUUAUGGGAACUGAAACACUUCUCAUUGCGAGAACGGACUCCGAAAGUGGAAAGCUUCUAAGCAGCUCUAUCGAUGUCCGGGACCACGAGUUCAUCCUGGGUGUUACUGAAAACUCCGAUCCGCUUGCAGAGACACUGCAGAAAUUGGAGUCUGAGGGAGCUUCGGGGCCUGAGAUCGACAAAUUUGAAUCUCAGUGGGUAAAGAAUCACAAGCUUGUUACUUUCGAUGAAGCGGUUGAGCAACAUCUUAAAUCCGAAGGAGCCACCCAGUCAUCCAUCAACGCUUACAAGAAGCAAGUCAGCGAAAAUCGGGACUUGUCACUAAAUGAACGACGAUCGCUUGCAGCCAAAUACACCAAAUCCCCCGUGUUCUGGUCCUGGGACAUCCCCCGCACCCGUGAGGGUUUCUACCAUUACCGGGCCGGCAAUGCCGCGGCAACCAAGCGCGCGAUCAAUUUUGCACCCUACGCCGAUUUACUCUGGGUUGAAACCGGCGACCCAAGUGUGGAGACGGCCGCAACGUUUGCAGGACAUAUCCGAGCGAAAUACCCGGGUAAGAAGCUGGUUUAUAACCUCAGUCCCUCAUUCAACUGGAUGGGUCACGGCUUCUCCGAAGCCAGCCUCAAAUCGUUUAUCUGGGAUAUCGCUAAGCACGGGUUCGUUCUCCAACUUAUCUCGCUUGCCGGCCUCCACUCCAACGCCACUAUGACAACCGAGCUCUCCCGUGGAUUCAAAGACGAUGGCAUGCUUUCUUACGUCAACCUUAUCCAGAGACGGGAGAAGGAAAUCGGCGUUGAUGUCCUUACGCAUCAAAAGUGGAGUGGAGCCUCGUAUAUGGACGGCAUUGUCGGCUCGAUUCUCAGCGGCAGUUCUUCUAACAAGAGUAUGGGUGAAGGAAAUACUGAAUCUUGUAUGAUUAUUUGA